CUGGUUUGGUUAGCGUAAAGAAUUGUCCCUUUAAAAAUAAAAUUGUGCAGAAUUUUCGUUUGCAAUCUUUUUCCCUAGGGGAAUUUUAACUCGGGGCAAAUAAAUACAUAAGCUGCGAAGAGAUUUAUUUUCCCUUAAAAGUGUCAAUCGCCAUGUUCAGUUGGCUGGGGAGAAACGAGCGAGGAAAGAAGGAUCCCGAGUUAUUUCAAACGGUGACAGACGGCCUGAAGAAACUCUACAAAACCAAGCUGCUUCCCUUGGAGCAACAUUACCGCUUCCAUGAAUUCCACUCGCCCUCGCUAGAGGAUGCAGAUUUUGAUAACAAGCCUAUGUUGUUGCUGGUCGGCCAGUAUUCAACCGGCAAGACCACCUUCAUCAGAUACCUUCUGGAACAAGACUUCCCUGGAAUGAGAAUUGGGCCUGAACCAACAACUGACUGUUUCAUUGCUGUAAUGAAUGGGGAUGUGGAAGGUGUGAUUCCAGGAAAUGCUUUGGUGGUGGAUCCAAAAAAACCAUUCCGGAAACUUAAUGCUUUUGGCAAUGCAUUUUUGAACAGAUUUAUGUGUGCCCAGUUACCGAAUCCUGUGCUUGAAAGCAUUAGCAUCAUUGACACACCUGGAAUUCUGUCAGGAGAAAAGCAACGCAUCAGCCGAGCAGAGCAUGAGGAUGGGUACAGCUGGCUCCGUAGAUGCCCGUAUGGAGGUUAUGACUUUGCUGCUGUAUUGGAAUGGUUUGCAGAACGCGUUGACCGUAUCAUCCUGCUGUUUGAUGCUCAUAAGCUGGACAUUUCUGAUGAAUUUUCUGAAGUUAUAAAAGCACUGAAGAAUCAUGAGGACAAGAUCCGUGUGGUGUUGAACAAGGCAGAUCAGAUUGAAACACAGCAACUAAUGCGUGUCUAUGGUGCUCUCAUGUGGUCUCUGGGCAAAAUUAUCAACACUCCCGAAGUGAUUCGGGUGUACAUUGGCUCAUUCUGGUCUCAUCCUCUGCUGAUUCCAGACAAUCGCAAACUUUUUGAGGCAGAAGAACAAGAUUUGUUUAAAGAUAUCCAGAGUCUUCCUCGAAAUGCUGCUUUGCGAAAACUCAACGACCUAAUCAAGAGGGCACGACUUGCAAAGGUUCAUGCCUAUAUCAUCAGUGCCUUGCGGAAAGAGAUGCCAGCUGUAUUUGGUAAAGAUAACAAAAAGAAAGAACUGAUUAAUGGUCUCGGAGAAAUUUAUGCACGGAUUGAACGAGAGCAUCAGAUUUCUCCAGGAGAUUUUCCAAACAUUAAGAAAAUGCAGGAUCAGCUGCAAGCACAGGAUUUCAACAAAUUUCAGCCACUAAAGAUUAAACUGUUAGAGACAGUAGAUGACAUGUUAGGAAAUGACAUCGCUCAGCUCAUGAUCCUCGUACGUCAAGAAGAAACCCAGCAACCUGUCCCAGUUGUGAAAGGGGGAGCUUUUGAAGGCACAAUGAGUGGCCCGUUUGGACAUGGAUAUGGUGAGGGAGCUGGUGAGGGUAUUGAUGAUCUUGAGUGGGUUGUGAUCAGAGAUAAACCAAGCUAUGAUGAGAUAUUUUACACUCUAUCACCCAUCAAUGGGAAGAUCACUGGUGCAAAUGCAAAGAGAGAAAUGGUGAAGUCGAAGCUUCCAAACACAGUGCUGGGAAAAAUCUGGAAAUUGGCAGAUAUUGACAAGGAUGGCAUGUUAGAUGAUGAAGAGUUUGCAUUGGCCAACCAUUUAAUUAAAGUCAAGCUGGAAGGUCAUGAACUACCCAGUGAAAUUCCAUGGCAUCUCAUUCCACCAUCAAAGAGAAAGCUGGCUGAGUGAAUCUGGCAGCUGGAAAAAAAAACACAGCACAAGAAGGUGAAGAUGAAAAACCACUGAAGAAUGAAGAUUCCAAAUCUUAAGCAGGCAAAAAUAGUGUUAAAGCUUUUACUUAAAUAUUUUUAUUUCCAUUAUUUACACUGAUUGCAAUACUCCAGGUUUCAGAGCAUAGAAUUUGCUACUUUAACCACCAAAAUAAAUGCCUGUGUUCUUGAAAGAGUGGCAACAGAGUUACUGUUCACUUGGAGACAGGAGUGCCUUGGGAGUGUUGCUCCUUCAUGUCCCUUUUUUAAUGUUGUGGAGCACUGUGAUGUCACCUUGACUGUGAGUAGUACUACUGAGUUUCUGUUCUCCUUUGACAGGGAGUUCGAAUUUUUUUUCCUCAAGCUUCUGCCUUAUUUUUAGGUAACUAGAGUAUUUUGAUUUAUCUCAACUACUCAAUUUCUGCAUGAUGCUAAAUAAUUCAGCCAGUUGUCCUCUGAAUACCUAGUUACUGCAAGGAUAAUUUUUUUUCACUUUAUAUAGAUUUAGAUUUUAUAAGGAAUAGCUCAGUGUUUCUCAAUGGUCACUCCAUGGACAGGAACGUUUGAGGAAAAAUGUUCACAGAACCACUCUAUGGUAGAAAUAAGUGAUUUGUAUGAAAACUUUGAUAUUUCUACAAAAGGAGGUUUGGAAACAUGGCUUUUUUGAUUCAUGAACAGAAAUUCUAUUAAGUACUUUUUCUUUCAAAACUUUUUUUGUGAAGCCCUUAUGUGACUAAUAAUCUGUAACAAUAGGGUGUAGUUUAACUGGAUAUGUGAUAUCUAUAAUGCAAAGUAUUAUACAAGUAUUAUAUCUAUAAUAUACUUUGACAUUAGUAAAGAAACUAAACCAAAUUCUAUCCUAAAGAGUACUGUCAAAUAUAUACUGUACUGCAUGUUUAUUGAUCAGGCUAAACAUAAUACCAGGUAUAGUGGAAAAGUUGUACAUCAUCUUGUAUUUGUAAUAGUUGGGUAUAUUCUACUUGACAGUUCUAUCACCUAACCUUUGCUUAUUUUCCUUAAACUUAGUUAUGUUGCAAGACAUACCAUAAAAUGUUCAGUUCAAUGUCUUCCAUUAUCGUAUUGAAUAUUCUGGCACCUCUUUAAAAUGUUCUAUGUGUGAGAAUUCUUUGUAAAUGUAAGUUAUUUUUCUGUCCUAUAGCUGUUGAACAUUGCUGUGGAAAAUCACUGUUGUUAUACUGAAACUACAUUGUGAAUCCAUAGACAUACACUACAUUAGUGAGGGAUCUGCAAUGUCAGUCAAAGGUCUUUAUCUUCCAUUGAGGAAAAAAGCAAGAAGAUUUGCUUCCUAGAUACACAUGAAUGUAUUCCCAUGCCCACAGAUUGAACACCAUUGAUGCUUUGUGAUCUAUUUAAAACAGGUGUAAUUUGUGGCAAACAUGUUGAAGGCUCUCUCUUUCUAUACCAUGUGACACAACCUCACCCAUUGCCUGCUCCAAGAAAAUGCCACCAAAUUCCACUACACUUCAAAAAGGAACUUGAAUAUUACCGAAAAAAUAUUUUUAAAGAAUCAUGCUUCCAAUGUGGAAUUAAACUGUUACUAGUAGGAUUUCACGGGUGUUUUUUUUGUGUGUGUGAACACUUGGGGUGAAGGAUGAAGAGGGGAAAUCACUGAAAUUUGCACAAGUACUCUGCACGUAAUUGUUUUCUUGCCUGGAACCAAUACAAAGGCUUGGAAUUCAUGGUCAAAGGGGCUGUGGAAGAAAUAUUCUUUGGAAUUCUUUCCACAACCUCUCUUGAGGAAGGAAUGCUUUUAGAUCAGAUCAUGCUUUAAAAGCAAGAAAUGUGAUUUGUCAGUUACACUGGUCCAUACUGAAAUCUCAGCUGGCUGUCUAAAAGCAUUCUUGCAUCAUUCUGUUCAGCAUACAACAUUACCAAAAUAGUCUCCUUAAAUUACUCGAUGUUUUUUUUAAAUUUGAUGUCUGCCACCAAUCUGCUACAAACCAACUGUAAUUGAUAAGGAAAUAUACUAAAUUAACUGCUGUGAGAUGUGUGUAGGCUAAGUACUUUAGACAGACCCAUGAAUCAGAAUCAAGUUCAUUAUUACUGUGAAAUUGGUGGCAGCAGUACAGUACAAAGGCAAAAUUACAAGAAGUAUAGAAAAAAAAGAAUGAGAUAGUGUUCAAAGACUGUUUGGAAAUCUGAUGGCAGAUAAGGAAGAAGCUGCUUCUGAAUAUGGAUCUUGAGACUUCUGCACCUGUACCUCCCUGAUAGUGGUAACCAGUAGAAGGCAUGUGUAGUCAGAGUCCCUAAUAAUGGAUGCUGACUUUGGUGUCAUCACAUAUCUCCUGACAUACCCAAACAAGAAGAGCUGCUGGCAUACCUUCUUCAUGAUUGCAUCAAGAUGACAAUCAGGUACUUGAAGCUGUACACCCAAUCUUCUGCUGCUGCUGAGGACUGGUGUGUUUUCCCAACUUCUUCCUGAAGUCUACAAUCAGGUGUUGAAACUUCACUCAACCAGCUGAUCUAUGUCAUUCAGAUAUUCUGAGCAGUUGAUAUGCACAGGUUUUUUUUAAACACCUUGAAGAUUAAUGAAAAUGUUAUAUUUACCAUGGGUCAUAUUUUUAAUGUGUACCCUAGCCCUCAAAGCACUUUCUCAUUAAAAUUAUGAUAAAAAUAAUUAGCAUUAUCCUAUAAAAUUUCAAAUUGUAAAUAGAUUACUCUCACAUAUGCAUAUUCUUAAGCAUCUCCAGUUAGUUUUAAGAUGGCCUCUGGUUGGAACUGUGAAUGGAAUUACCUGUGCUUUGAGAUCAUUUCAAUGAAUAGAAGAGAAUGUUAGUGAAAAUCUAUCUACCACAGUACACCUUUAUUUCUCCUUGCUUCAUGGUUACUUGUGCCACUAUUCAAAAGUUAAUUAAAUGUGCAAAGAUUAGUAGGAUUUUAACCUUCACCCAUUACCACACACUUCCCUAUACUAAUAUAUAUAUAUAUAUAUAUAUAUAUAUAUAUGUGUGUGUGUGUAUAUAUAUAUAUAUAUAUAAAAUGAUAUUAUAAUGAUAUAAAUAAUAUUAUAAACCCUACUUGCAUAACAAAGUAUGUACUAUUCUUUUCCUAUAGUAGAGGUUGAACUUUUUUGACCUCUAUUUGUUUACUGAUAAUCAGCUUUAUAAUGUGAAAUACACAAGCAGUCAAGUAAAACUCUAAUUCUGAAGUUUUGUUGUCUUCAAAUUGCUACUGUAUGAAAUGGCCAUUUCUACCAAAGAAUAGUACUACAACAAUAAGAACAAAAUCUUCAGAAAGUAGAACUAUACACUAGAUGUUAGGAAAGCCAGUGUUUUAUGGUGUUUUUCAUUGAUUGCGACUAUUUAGUGUGUUGGAGCUUGCAUUUCAUUUUGAUAUCUGCUUUGUGUGCAUUUGGAUGUCCCUGCUUCCCUGUUUGUUGGCUAACCCCAUUUCUUUAAACAGUUGAAAUUAUUUUUGUUUUCAGUAGCCUCUACAUUUGUGUAUUUAAAUUUUUGGGUCACAUGCAAUUUUUGAUGUCUAGAGCUUUUAAUCAUUACCUCUAUUUUUGCAUUAUUAUUAUUAUGAAUAAGCAAGUUUCUAAUCUGUAUACAAAUAUUUUUCAGGGAGCCUGGUCUUUAAGAUUAAAUACUAAUGAAUAACAUCUUUUCAAAAACUAUUUCCGCAAUAGAAAGAGUCCAAAUUAAUAACAUUGAACAAAUUUGAGCACUUCAGCAUUUUGUACUUUUAUGACCAAGUUCUUAUUUCCCUAUUGCACUGGUUGCUUUAUUGUGACGAGGAGAAUAAAAACCUACACUUUGUUUUGUAGAUUAUGGCAUCCUGGUCACAUUGCUAGUUUUCAGUUGUUCAAAUUUGUUGUGGCACUUGAGCUAAUCUUAAAUAUUAAACCUUUAUUAACCAAAUUUCAGAAGAGAAAAUGCGAGGGAAAAAAUGGUCUAUGAUUAACUACUAACAUACCUGUGGUCCCAUCAAACACAUUUUUCAAAGCAUGGUAUUGAAUUUUGGAAAUUCUGUUAAUGGAAUUCCUGAUUCAUUACAAACUAUCACAAUGCUAACCAAGGUUUGCCAAAAGGAUUUUUUUCUUUUGCCAAUAAUGUUAUUGUACAUUUAUUUUUAAAAAUCCUAUAUUAACAUUGUAUUUAAAGGAAGCUGUAGAUUAGAGAAAUACUAAUAAACUGUUGCCUUUA